AUGCUCUGGAGCUCUCUUCCAUUCAUCACCUUGCUUUGCGCCCCGGGCGUAUUAGGUGCUCCAGGAUAUUCUGCCCAAAAGUCCAAAUAUGUCGAUUGGAGGGGUUUCAAGGCCAACGGAGUCAAUCUCGGAGGCUGGCUAGUUCAAGAAUCGACAAUUGACACCACUUGGUGGGGCACCUAUUCUGGAGGAGCGGGUGAUGAAUGGGGUCUUUGCAAGAAUCUUGGUUCUCGCUGCGGGCCUGUGUUAGAGGAGCGAUAUGCCUCUUGGAUUACCACCUCUGAUAUCGAUAAGAUUGCUGCGUCCGGGUUGACACUUCUACGCAUCCCAACAACAUACGCUGCGUGGAUUCAUUACCCGGGUUCUCACCUCUAUUCCGGCAAGCAAACAACAUAUCUCAAGGAAAUCACGACACACGCGAUCAAGAAGCAUGGAAUGCAUAUCAUUCUUGAUGUUCACGGCUUACCUGGGGGUAUAAAUGGGCUGGACAUUGGUGAGGCUAGUGGUCAUUGGGGAUGGUUCUAUAAUGAAACCAACUUUGAAUACUCUAUGAAGGUGGUUGAUGCUGUGUUAUCCUUCAUCCAGGAGUCCGGCCACCCAGAGCAUUUCACAUACGAGCCAAUGAAUGAGCCUGCCGACAAUCGCGACUUGUCCGUGUUCGGUACCCCAGCUGCUUUAUCUGAUUCGGGUGCGGCAUGGGUCGUGAAAUUCAUCAAAGCCGUUAUUAGUCGCGUCGCCUCCGUCAACCGCAAUAUCCCGGUCAUGUUCCAGGGUAGCUUCAAGAGUGAAGAAUAUUGGUCGGCAAAUUUUUCCAAGCACGAUAAUCUUGUGUUCGACAAGCACGACUAUUUCUUCGAAGGUCGCAACACCACCUCCCGCAACCUACCAUCCUAUAUCUGCACGGACGUCAAAUUGGUCCCCGGCGACGGUAAAUUCCCAGUGUUCGUUGGAGAAUGGGCAAUCGAAACUCUAUACAACAACAGUUUCGCUCUACGUGAGCGUAACCUUAACGUGGGACUGGCUGCUUAUCACAAAUUUGCCCGUGGUUCGUCAUACUGGACCUGGAAAUUCUCUGGAAAUGCUACGGUCGGAGGGGAGGGCACAAAGGCCGAUUAUUGGAACUUUGAAGAGUAUGUCGAUCGAGGAUAUUACCAUCCCAAGGCUAGCGACAUCGCAUUUUGCGAUUAA